AUGUGCUAUGGGGGCAGGUACUUCGGUAUCGACCCCAUUCCCACUGCCCUCCUGCAUUCAUCAAUGGCGUACCCGAGCCUGGGGCCCAUUGAUUAUGAGACUGGUUACGGACCGAACGUAUGCGUUCAAUUUGAGGACAUGGCAAAUCACAACGGCUUCCGGUUCCUUGAGCGGUAUCGGAAGGACUAUGUCGUCUUUAAUGAUGACAUCCAAGGUGCCGCGGCUGUCGCUCUGGCUGGUCUCAUUAAUAGUACUAAGGUGACCAAGACUCGUUUGGUGGACAAUAAGUAUCUAUUUUUCGGCGCUGGUGCGAACGCAACUGGAAUCGCUAGCAUUCUUGUGGCUGCUAUGAAGGAUGAGGGCGUCUCCGAAGCCGAAGCUCGAUCUCGUAUCUACAUGAUGGAUUCUAAAGGUCUUCUCGUCAAGUCUCGUUAUGGUGGAGUAGCAGAACCGCAUAAGCAGCCGUUCGUUCGUGACGAUAUGGGACCGAUGGACCGACUAAAGGACGCAGUCACUGCCAUUCACCCGUCUGUUUUAAUCGCACACCCCUCCAUCAAGUUCACGUUGGAGGCGGAACCGACAGGUUCGCUGCCCUUCUUAGACGUCCUCCUAAAUCGAAUUUCUGACCUGGUCCGGCCAGUAUACUAA